CAUAAAACCAGUAGAAGGAGAAGAAGAAGAAGUAAUGAAUACGUGUGCGCCGGAGGUGCGCGCGCGCGUGACGUCACGGCUGUACCUGAGUUUCGGUGGACGGUGAAACUUUGUAGCAGAGAUUGAAACACACGAGAAACUCGCUUCUCGCGCUUUUCUCACGCACCCACGGGGAGGCUGCGAGCGCAUUGUCCGGUUAACGACCGGUUCUCGAGCACUUAACGCGGAUUCAUCGAGAGAUCCGCGCGUUUUGGCGGUCAAGGCCUCAGGAUUGCUGGGUUUUCCUGCUUUGACGCUUCCUGAAACACUCAGAAGGCCGUGAUGUCCUCUCACCCGCGGCGUGUGCGGCUCAAGCCCUGGCUGGUGUCUCAGGUGGACACCGGGACGUUUCCGGGUCUGGUGUGGCUGGACCGCGAGGCCAAACGCUUCCAGAUCCCCUGGAAACACGCCACGCGCCACACGCCGCAGCAGGAGGAGGAGAACACCAUCUUUAAGGCCUGGGCCGUGGAGACGGGGAAGUAUCAGGAGGGCGUGGACGAGCCGGAUCCGGCCAAAUGGAAAGCUCAGCUGAGGUGCGCCCUCAACAAGAGCCGAGAGUUCAACCUCAUCUACGACGGGACCAAAGAGGUUCCCAUGAAACCGCUGAAGAUCUACGACGUGUGUGACAUCCCCCAGACCUCCAGCAACCCCGGUUCGGUUCCCACGUACGAGUCUGACGGUGAUGAAGACGAUGUUCCUGACACCCCCGAGCCUCCUCCUCCUCCGUAUCCACCUCACGGCAUGAGCUCGUCUCCUCUGGGGCCGGUCUGGACUCCUCCGGGCUCCGUGUCCCCCAUGCAGCCGCCCAGCUGUCCCCCUCCCUCUGCUCCUCCCUCGGUGGAGGUGUGGCCCAAGAAGGAGCCGCAGGACGUGGAGAUGCAGCCUCCGCCCAUGGAGCUGCAGACGCAAACCCCGCUGGAGGCCAUGUUCGCCACGCCGGAGACCUGGAUCAGCUCGCUGCCCAUGACGGACCUGGAGGUGCAGUUCUACUACCGCGGUAAGGAGGUGUGUCCUCCGGUGACCGUCAGUAACCCGCAGGGCUGUCGUCUGUUCUACGGCGAUCUGGGGCCCAUCGUCAACCAGGAGGAGCUGUUCGGCCCCGUCAGUCUGGAGCAGGUGCGCUUCCCCUCCACCGAACACAUCACCAACGACAAGCAGCGCGUGUUCACCAGCCGCCUGCUGGACGUCAUGGACCGCGGCCUCAUCCUGGAGGUGAGCGGACACGACAUCUACGCCGUGCGUCUGUGUCAGUGUAAGGUGUACUGGUCCGGCCCCUGCGCACCCAACCCCAACACCCCCAACCUGAUCGAGCGCCAGCACAGGGUCAAGCUCUUCUGCCUCGAGUCCUUCCUCAGCGGCGUGGUGGCUCACCAGCGCGGGAUGCUGUCGUCCGAGUCUCCGCUCUACGACAUUCAUCUGUGUUUCGGAGAGGAGUGGCCUGACGGCAGACCCCGUGAACGCAAGCUCAUCAUGGUGCAGGUGGUGCCGGUGGUGGCGCGGAUGAUCAGCGAGAUGUUCUCGGGCGACUGCACGCGCUCCUUCGACAGCGGCAGCGUGCGGCUGCAGAUCUCCAUCCCGGACAUCAAGGACAACAUCGUGACGCACCUGAAGCAGCUGUACCGGCUCCUGCAGACGCACCAGGGCCAGGACAACUGGCCUCUUCCUCCCAGCAUGCAGCUGUCGCAGACGCAGCACUGACACAGCUCCGCUUUUACUGCAGACGCAUCCUACACUCUCGUGUGAUUUUAACCGCAGCAUGUGUCUGACGUCCGGUCAUGUAGAUUUAUGUAUUAAUGUAUGGAUUUAUCACAAUAAAAGAGAAAAACACCAA